AUGCGGCGACAGCAGAUGGUGGCUUCGGCCAUUUGUCGCCCGGCUCACUUCGUUCUCGCAACCCUUCUCGCUCUCACCAAUGUCGCAAGGGCCGAAGUCGGUGGCGUCGCGCAAGUCAUGUCAGCUCUGGAAGAGGGGUACUUCGACUCUCCUCCCGGGGUACCCAACUUCCACCUCAACAACAACAACAAGGAUUACCUCUACCUAGCAGACAUCGAAAAUCCCUCUGGUUCCGCCUGGAGGCUAGUGGCCGAAGGACCUAACCUCAUCGAUAAGUACAACGUAAGCACUGUGUUGACAGGCGAUUAUGUUCGUGUGAACUACAAGAACUCGAGCACUGCCAGCGGCAGCCGGCGUCUCCUGUCUGAUGAACCCCUUCCCGAGAUCGAUUCCAUCGAUGUCAUUUCCGAGUCGGAGGGCCACGAGAUUUACACGGGUACCCAGAUCCGGGUCAAGAGCAUGAUCUACAUCAUCUCUACGUGCGGAUGGGCCCCCUCGGCCACCGUUGAGUUUUGUCCCAAUUUUCUUUUGCAGCAAAUAAAAGGCACGUUCUUCAACAAUACCAACAACAUUGCUGGCUACCACGACACGUGCAGCUACGGCAAGGUGGCGUUCGAUCCCUCGGAGAACUUCGUGUUUGGGCCCGUAGAGGUGCAGAUUCCUUGCAAGGGCACUGUGACUAACGGCGUCCUGAAGUACCCGUACGACGCCUCAGUCGCUUGUGGCGCUGCGGAGCAGUUCGCCUGGAGGCAGUACUCAGAGGCCGCAGCGCGAGCG